AUGGCCACUCCCCUUCAGGUUCCCUGCGGCUGCCGCAACUCCCUCCAGAGCUUCGGCGCGGCCGCGGCCUUCACUGUCGCGUUCGUCUGGACCUCGCAGAGCGUGCAGGUGAAGCGUAAUGCCUACUUCUCCAACCUCAAGAGCGAAAUUGAUACUCUUAAGAAGAAGAACCACGAUCUCGAGCACGAGGUUGAGCUUCUCAAGAACCCCCCUGAGCCCAAGGAGGCCCACACCGACUUCGCGGCUGACUUCGAGAGCGGAAACAUCGAUUUUGAGAAGAUCCUUGAGCAGGUGGCCAGCGACCACUAA